UUGCAUGCCUCAAACUAAAGCACGAAAAUAUUCGACCAUGACACUCUGUGUUAAUUCAGCGAAGCGAGAAAUUCUACCCAAAUUACUGCAGUUUUGUAUACAAAUCCGGCGGAUACCUGUUACACCUUUCCAGUCUAACUUUUGCACCUGGAAGCAAUCAGCUUAUGUGGUCAAUUGGACGAAUGUUUUAAUUUAUGAUCGCAGGGGCUAUUUACCAAAAUCUUUGCAAACAGUCCAAUAUUGGGGAAUUAAGACGACUUAUCAAUAUCAAAGGUGACACAUUGGUCAGAUAAAUGUCGCACCGCCAAGAGAGCAAAUUUUCUUCAAGUUUACCCAUUGAACUUGCACAAGAAAAGUCUGACCAGUUGAGGAAAGGAACGGAACAGGAGAAGAAGGAAGCCACAAGACUAUCGAAUAAAGGUGAUGUUCUGACCUUCGUGUCUGGAGCUGGUGUUGAAGCAGAAAAAGAAAACAAAUUGACAAAAAAGAAAUCUGAAGAUGGUGACCGAUUCAAAAUUCAGUCAGGAAUUUCCAAUACAGAUACUAUAACCAAACUAUCAACCGCGGAUAAAUAUAAUACCAACGAGAAGAAGCAACUAGACUCGGAAAUGCAAGUCUCUCCGGAAGCUGUAACAUCUGUAGAAAAUGUUGCCAAACAAGAAGUCCUUCAAAAGUCUAAAGGAGAGGUUAGAAAAAGGAAGAAAUUGGAAAACAAAAAAAUGGAUAAGCACAAAUCAACGGCAUCAUUGAAAUCUCUCUCAGGUAGCAUCCACGAAAAAGCUAAUGUCUUUCAGGAUGUUAUCCAAGCUCUGUUAGUUCGCCUGCUCCUGUUUGUUCACAGCUGUCUGUGUGUCUGGAGAGCAGCAGACGUUCAAAAGGACGACAUCUAUUGGUUGUUUGCCAUCAGUAACAUUCUUCUUGGGAUCGAGGCUUUCUAUACAUGUUUCUUUCAAAAGGGACAGGAUCCAAAAUGGAUUUGUCCGUGUUUUCUGCUGUACUUACUGGGGACCGUGCCUGCUAUAUGGAUUCUCCAGCUUGACGUCCUAGAAAGGAAGUUUAACGUCAAUGUGACGUCUAAUUCGUCAACAGAGGAACUUUCCACAAUCUAUGGGCUUAAAAUAAUCCCUAUAUCACUUGAUGCUGAGACUUGGUCGUCCAUUCUACAACAACUGCUUCUGUUUGUUCUUGUGAUUGGACGGAUGUUACUACCACGUGGUCAUUUAACACGUGACGAACUCUCACAGACACUGUUUAUUUUCAUCGGCUCGGGGUCUGACGUCAUGGAGUUCUUUGUCGUGUUCGAAGAUCCCAUUUUCUACAACAACACGGGACUGAAGUACGCCACUCUCAUUAUCUGGAGCAUCAGUUUGCUGCAGUUCAUCUUCGUUAUUGCAGUCGCCAAGGGUCCCAAGAGGUUCCGAAUGGGAACCAUGGUUGAGGAAAUGGAAGGCGAGCACAAGCACUUCGGGGCAGAAUUGUGGGGUCUCCUCUUGUCAAUCACGUUUAUGGACGGGCCUUACUUUGGGCUUCGUCUGUAUGCCAUCUUGGAGCACAAAGUGCUGAGUUUUGGAAUUUUGUUUUUCACGUGUAAAAAUGCACUGAUGUUGAUUUUAUUAUUUUAUCGACUGCUGAUUGUCUUCCUAAAAAUCAGAUCAAAGCGAAAAAAUGCAGCAAACAAUUCUCAGAAGAAUCUAGAAUUUUAAGUGAUUGCAGAAAACUGAAUCGUGUUUGUUGCAAAAAAAAAACCUGUAGAUCUGUGUGUGGGGAAUUUCGGACUGAAUGUCAAUUGUACCCAAGCCUUCCCCUUUAUAUAGCUUCUGUUUUGCAGCUCAUGUUUAUCGGCGUGAAAAAUCCAUUUGGUCGACUUAAAUCCUUAUUUUUGUUCCUUUUUAAAAAUCAUAUCAUAAUUAAAACAUUUAGACAAUUUUA